CCCCCCAGGAUUACACGCAGGAGAGAUGGAAGAGGAACUCUGCACCAAGUCCAUUCUCAUAGACGUAACAAUCGUCAACCCAUCCGCAGGUCGAAGCAUCGACAAGUCGAUCCUCAAGCCAGGAUCCGCCCUCGAAGAUCGAGCUGCAAGUAAGAAAGUGGAGUGAGCACGGUGUGCAAGCCGUGUCCUCGAUACCCUGCGAACUCCUGGAAUCCAACGAACCAACGGACACGUUCCGGCACUGCAGUUGUGCCGAAUCGACGUCCGUGAGGCCUUUCGGCAGGUAUUGGUUGACCCGUCGCGCGCGGCGGUGUUUGGAUAUACUAUGGGGGACCUUGUCGUCGUGGACCUGAGAUGCCAGUUUGGAUGGCGGUCUAGCCCCGGUUUCUGGUCGCUGUUUUCGUCUGCUCUCGAGCACUCACACACUCAUACCACCUUCCAAACAGCUUCGGUGUCGCCUGUUGGCGGGGAGGCGGUCAAUCACGUUAAAAUCCGCC